AUCGACAGACAAAUGUGGUGCAGCGUUCUGUCUGCUACGACCCGUCUACUGUCCGUCAACAGCGGGUUUACAAAGCAUCAGCCCUUUAAACCCAAUAAGAACACAUUUACUUCUUACACGGUACUUUUUCCCCGAAUGUGAGGUGGUUUGGGUCUCCAGCCAUGCUCCAGCAGAGCCCCUGAUCAGUGCAGCAACAGCCCGCCCAGCUCAACCCGGAGCCAGGAUGUCCAGUAGCUCGGGCUAUCCCCCUACCCAGGGCAGCUUCAGCAGUGAGCAGAGCCGCUACCCAUCACACUCUGUCCAGUACACCUUCAGCACCACACGCCACCAACAGGAGUUCACCGUCCCGGACUACCGAGGUCACCUGCAGGACCAGCAAGGUCGACGAAGGCCUUCCUUGCUUUCGGAAUUCCACCCUGGAACUGAGAGGCCUCCAGAGAGACGUCAUGGCUACGAGCAGCAGUUCCACAGUGUCACCUCCCAGCAGCAGGCUGACGGCCACGAGGCUCUGGAGGCCAAGCGGCCCCGCAUGGAGACUGUCUCUGAGGCCCACUUCGCCCGCGGUGCCCUGCCCGGGGGAAUCAUUUUACCCCUGCAGUCCCACCAGGUCCAGGACAGCCUCAGAGCCAACGUAGGGGAGGUCAAUAAGGAGACCCAGUUCAGUGGCAUGAAAGCCGAGUCCCAGGCUCCAGGAGGGCUGCACCAUGUGGGGGAGGUUCCUGACAGCUCACCCUCCAGAUUGUCCAAGGAAGAGCUGAUCCAGAGCAUGGACCGUGUGGACAGAGAGAUCGCUAAAGUGGAGCAGCAGAUCUUCAAGCUGAAGAAGAAGCAGCAACAACUGGAGGAGGAAGCGGCGAAGCCAGUGGAGCCAGAAAAGCCAGUGACCCCUCCCCCCAUACCACAGGAACACAACAAGCACCGCAGCAUUGUCCAGAUCAUCUAUGACGAGAACAGGAAAAAAGCUGAAGAGGCCCAUAAGAUAUUCGAAGGUCUUGGUCCUAAGGUUGAACUGCCCCUGUAUAAUCAGCCAUCGGAUACAAAAGUUUACCAUGACAACAUAAAGACUAAUCAAGUGAUGAGGAAGAAACUGAUUCUGUUUUUCAAGAGAAGGAACCAUGCUCGUAAACAAAGGGAACAGAACAUCUGCCAGCGCUACGACCAGCUAAUGGAGGCCUGGGAAAAGAAGGUGGAGCGGAUGGAGAACAACCCACGUCGCAAGGCCAAAGAUAGCCGCACCAGAGAGUACUAUGAGAGACAGUUCCCCGAGAUACGCAAGCAGAGAGAGCAGCAGGAGCGCUUCCAGAGGGUUGGUCAGAGAGGAACUGGAAUGUCUGCGACCAUUGCCAGAAGCGAGCAUGAGAUUUCUGAAAUCAUCGAUGGCCUUUCUGAACAGGAGAAUAACGAGAAGCAGAUGAGACAGCUGUCAGUCAUCCCACCCAUGAUGUACGACACCGAGCAGAGGCGAGUCAGGUUCAUCAACAUGAACGGCCUGACGGAUGACCCCAUGAAGGUGUACAAGGCUCGGCAGUUCAUGAAUGUGUGGACCGAACAAGAGAAGGGGAUCUUCAAAGAAAAGUUUGUUCAGCACCCCAAAAAUUUUGGCCUCAUUGCUUCUUAUCUAGAGAGAAAGUGUGUGUCCGAUUGUGUCCUGUACUACUACUUGACCAAGAAGAACCAGAACUACAAGACACUGGUGAGACGCAACUACGGCAGACGGCGAGGGAGAAACCACCAAAUAACACGAUCCUCACAAGAAGAAAAGUCAGACGAUAAACCUGAAGAGGACAAGUUGGAGAAGUCAGAGAAAAAAGAGGACGAGCAGAAUAAGGAAGAGGAAGAGAAAGAUGAAAAGGAGGACUCCAGGGACAUCGGAAAAGACAAAGACAAGUGUGACGGCGGGGAGGACGAGGACGGUAAGGAGCAGAGCACGCCACGUGGCAGGAAGACCGCCAACAGCCAGGGCCGGCGCAAGGGAAGGAUCACCACGCGCUCCAUGGCCAAUGAGGCUGCCUCUGUGGCGGCCGAGGAGCCACCGCCACCCGAGCCUCUCUUGCCCUCCGAGCCCCCUCAGCCUUCCAAACCUGAGCCUACUACCCAGAAGGCUGUGAGAGAGCCCACCAAAUCUGCACCGGGUGAGCCCCCCAUGGACCCUAACAGAGGAGCAGGAGGAGCUGCUGCUGCGAACGGCGAAACCGGAGAGACUUCUCGCUGGACCGAGGAGGAGAUGGAGGUUGCCAAAAAAGGGCUUGUCGAGCACGGGCGCAACUGGCCAGCCAUUGCCAAGAUGGUGGGCACCAAGAGCGAGGCUCAGUGCAAGAACUUCUACUUCAACUACAAGAGACGGCACAACCUGGACAACUUGCUCCAGCAGCACAAGCAGGACACACGGCGGGCACGGGGAGAUCGAGACCCGUCUCAGAGCGAGAGCAUGGCUUCAGCUGAUGACGACCAAAACCCAGAGGAUAGUGAUGGUGGAGAUAACAGCUCAGACACAGAGAGCGCCCCGUCCCCGUCGGACCCCUCCAAGGCCGGAGGGGAUUCCCAGAGGGGAGACGGAGCUGGAGGGUCAGAGAACCAGUGGUCCAACAAGGGCCAGGCUAGCAAUGGGAGGAUACAGGAGCCCUCCUACGGGGAGCUGAGGGUCAAGUUGGAGAAGAGCCCCGAGGGAGAGGCCAGAGAGCCUGGCUCUCAGGAGGAUGGGGAGAGAGCACGGGUGGCCUACGAGGGACAUGGGCACCCCAAGAGCGAGCCCCAAGAUGUGGACAUGAAGCCUGGGGGGGCCGGGGAGGUGCAGGUGAAGGUGGAGCCUGACUCUGCCAAGGAGAAGGGGGAGCCAGAGAAGCAGAGGGAGGGGCACCACUCAGACAACGACUCCAGUGCCACCUGCAGCGCCGACGAAGAUGUAGACGCUGAGCCCGAGAGACAGAGGAUUUUCUCUAGUAUGGACAAGCCUUCGUUGCUCAGCCCUCCCGGCUCAGUGCUGAUGUCCACGGCCAAGCAGGCCCACCUCAACAUGCAGCAGCUCCAGCAGCGCGCCGCUGCCAUCCCGCCCAUGGUGGUUCCUUUUGGUCCUGGUGGAAUUUCCAUAGGAGCCCCCCUCAGCGGUUUUGCCAUGUUCCAGCACCAGAUCACGGCUGUGCACGAGUCAGCCCACGCCGAGGAGAAACAGAGGCAGGAUCAGGCUGACCCCGAGCGCAGCAGACAACCCACCAACUGCCCUGGCUUCACCAACCACAGCCCCACCAUAGUGGACAGGGAGGGUAAGCCCUUCCCCUACAUGCCUUAUGAUAUGAAGAUGGCUCUGGAGCAGGAGGCCCAGUCUGGUCGGCCAGGCUCUCCCUACGGGCUCUCUCCCAGGGACAUGAGCAAGGCCUCUCCUCAGCCCAAUGACCCCAACGCCUCCCGCUACAGCGUGCCUCCAGUGCUCCAGCCAGCUCCCAACCAGGUGGUCCAGAGCCUGCCUGAUGGAGUCCGUGUGACUUUCUCCAGACACAGCCGACCCGCCAACAUUCCAUCUCCUCCUCCAUUAAUUCCAACCUCCAAACCCACAGACAAGCCCUCCUUUAUCCAGGGUGGCUCCAUCUCCCAGGGGACUCCUGGUACGUACCUACCGUCUCAUGCUGUCUACGGUGGCCCAGAGGGGGCAAAGAGUUCUGUGGGCUCCAUAUCUCUGGGCCUGCCCAGGCAGCAGGACCCCGCCAAGCCUGUGUCCUACAUUAAGCAGGAGCAGUGUUCUCCGCGUGGCCAGUCUGAGGGACUCCUCUCUCGCACGCAGUAUGAGGGGGUAGUCAGAGGAGGCCCAAUGGAUGGGGGUAUCAGCAGGGGAAACUCAGCCAGAGGAUCAAUCACACAGGGCACGCCAGCCCUGUCCGGGUCCAGCAUUGCGGCUGACCUGCUGAAGGGCACCAUCACCAAGCUGCCCACGGAGGACCUGAGCAGCCCAGAGAAGGCUCGGGAACAGCUGGCCAAGGGACACGUCAUCUACGAAGGCAAGAGUGGACACAUCCUCUCCUACGACGCCAUUAAAAACCCAAGAGAGGCCACACGUAGCCCCAGGACAGGCCAUGAGCUCAAACGCUCCUACGAUAUGAUGGAGGUCGCCAGAGGCCACCCCGGGAGAGAGGGAGCCCCCUUCGAAGGGUUGAUCAGCCGAGCCCUGCCCAGAGACAGUCCCCACGGGGAGUCUAAGGAGAGGCCCAUGAUGACUGGAUCCAUCAUGCAAGGUACACCCAGAACCUCUGCAGAGGCCUAUGAGGAGAGCAUGAAGUACGGCAAGCAGAUAAAGAGGGAGAGUCCACCCAUCCGCUCCUUUGAGGGGGGGAUAGGUAAGGGUAAGCCCUACGAGGGGGUGAACACCAUUAAGGAGAUGGGCCGCUCCAUCCACGAGAUCCCCCGCCAGGAGCAGCCUGGACAGGACCCCCGCAAGACCCCCGACAUGGCUGCCAACAUCCGAGCCUCCAUGGAGGGCUCUAUAUCCCAGGGCCAUCCUCUGAGCCAGUCGGCCAUCAAGCACAACGUCAAGUCCCUGAUCACCAGUCCCAGUAGGCUGCCCCAUGGUCACACCAUGCCCCCGCUGGAGGCCAUGGAGCGGGCCAAGUAUGAAGAGAGCAAGGCGGCAGCGGAGCAGCGAGCGCGCCACACCUCUGUGGUCAACUCGGCAACCUCCGUCCUGCGUUCCACCCACCAGGAGCAAGGAAAGUCCCAGCUCAGCCCGGGCAUGUACCAAGAUGCCGACGCCCGCAGGACCCCGGUCAACUACAGCACUAGCUCCAUGUCCAGAGGCUCACCGAUGCUGGGCCGAGGACAGGAGGGCUCUGGGAAGCCUGCGUCCCAUGACCGGAAGAGUACCAUGACCCCCACUCAGAGGGACAGUGUUCCAGCCAAGUCUCCUGUGUCAGGGGGUGACCCCAACCACCCUAUGGCCUCCCACAGCCCCUUCGACCCCCACCACCGCCCCAUAGCCCCCGGAGAGCCCAGGUUCCACCUACCUCCACACCUAGACCCUGCCCUCUUCCACAGGGCUGUCCUGGACCCAGCUGCGUACAUGUUCCCGAGGCAGCCGUCCCCAACGGGCUACCACAACACCUACCAGCUGUACACCAUGGAGAACACGAGGCAGACCAUCCUCAAUGAUUAUAUCACCUCCCAGCAGAUGCAGGUUAUCCCACGGCCCGACGUCGCCAGGGGCCUGUCGCCACGGGAACAGCAACCGAUAGCUCUGUCUUACCCUCCCGGAGCGCGAGGGAUUAUUGAUCUAGCCCAGAUGCCUCCAACUAUCCUGUUGCCUCACCCUGGGGGAACAGGUACUCCCACUUUGGACCGCAUCACCUACAUCCCUGGAGCUCAACCCCCUUUCCCUCCUAGGCCUUUCAACCAAGCCUCCAUAUCUCCAGGCCACCAAGCCCACCUCGCAGCUACUGCAGCGGCCAACCAGGAGCGAGAACGUGAGAGGGAGCGUGAUCGGGAGCACCGAGAAAAAGAGAGAGAAAGGGAGCACAGGGAGCGGGAACAGGAGCAAAGACAACGAGAGCGUGAGCGAGCAGUGGCUGCAGCGGUUGCCAAUGACUACAUGCGUGGAGGUCCUGGGCAGCCAGACAGACCAGGUAGCCGUGGAUACCUGCGUAGCCCCUCCCCCUCUAUGAGAUCACAGGAAGCCCAGCAGCAGCGGCCCAGCAUCUUCCAGGGAGCCAACAGCAAGGGCGUCAUCACCCCUCUCAUGCCGGCAGCGGCAGCAGCCCAGGCAGGAGCCCGUUACAGCACUGCAGCCGACGCCCUGGCUGCCCUGGUGGACGCCGCCGCCUCCGCCCCUCAAAUGGACGUCAACAAAGGCAAGGACUCUUCCAAGCAUGACCGAGAUGACGACAUAUCUUUAUCAUCCUCGGUGGCCAGGCGGCAGCACGAGCAGCAGCAGCAGGAGGCAGACAGGCGCUCCAUGCAGUCUCCCUACGGCCCAAUGUCUCUGCCAGGGGGGAAACUCCACCCAGGAUACGCUGAGGGGCCCAAUGGUCCCCAGGGGAGUAAGGACAAGGGUCCUCCCAGCAAGUCACGCAUCGAGGAAGAGCUGAGGACCAGAGGAAAGACCACCAUCACGGCCGCCAACUUCAUUGACGUCAUCAUUACGAGCCAGAUCGCCUCGGACAAGGACUCCCGGGAGAGAGGCUCCCAGAGCUCCGACUCCUCCAGCAGCUUGUCGUCCAGUAGGUAUGAGAUGCCCAGUGGAGGAGCCAUCGAUGUGAUCAGCCCAGCCAACUCUCCAGCCCAGUCCCAGCAGCAGCAGGACGACAGGGACCGGGCCGACAGGGACCGGGCCGACAGGGACCGGGCCGACAGGGACCGGGCCGACAGGGACCGGGCCGACAGGGAGAGGGCCGACAGGGACCGGGCCGACAGGGACCGGGCCGCACAGGCAGCAGCACAAGCAGCUGGCAUGCGUCCCUUUGACAUGAUCCGCUACCGCCAGUCAGCAGAGUCACAGCAGCCCCCCUCCUCCCAGGCUGACGGAGGGUACUCCCAGUCCCAGCAGGUCCCCAAGACCCACCGGGUCAUGACCCUGGCUGACCACAUCUCGCAUAUCAUCACCCAGGACUUUGCCAGGAACCAGGACCCUCCUCAGUCCUCCACUACCAUCUCCUCCUCUGCCACCACCACAUUCCAGAGUGCCCAGCUGCCCGUGUCUAUCUUGGGCCCUGGGGGUCGUGCCAAGGUCCCCAGCCGCUACAGCCCAGAAAACCAGGCCCAGGCCCCAUCACACCACCAGAGACCCACACCCAGCAGAGUGUCUCCCGAUAAUGCCCCUGACAAGCCCAGAGCCAGACCUGGUAAAUCCCCUGAUCGGGGUGGCAGGGGAGCGAUAGAGAGCUAUGAGCCCAUCUCCCCUCCCCAGAGCUACCAGGAUAAACAACAAGAGGCUAGAGAGCAACAGCAACCACAGAGGCGAGAGGCUGACCAGCCUGAGAUGAGGGGUGACUCUCGCUCCCCUGGCAGUGUCAGCUACCUGCCCUCCUUCUUCACCAGGCUGGAGAACACCUCCCCUAUGGUGAAAUCCAAGAAGCAGGAGAUCAUUCGUAAGUUGAACUCCUCUGGUGUCAGUGAUUCUGAUGUUGGAAAUGCACAACCAGGCACAGAGAUCUUCAACUUGCCUGCUGUGACCAGCUCAAGUAGCGUGAACCCCAGGAACCACUCCUUCAGCGACCCGGCCAGUAACCUGGGCCUGGAGGACAUAAUUCGCAAGGCCCUGAUGGGGAACCUGGAAGAAAGGCCAGAGGAGCACCAGGGAGGGCCUCAGCCCAGCUCUAACACCCCCAGUAACGAGGCCCGCCAGGAGGCCAACCCUUCACCUAGCAUGGGCAAACAGAAACUGCAGAGCAAAGCCAACAGCCGAAAGUCAAAGUCGCCCAACCCAGGCCAGGCAUACACCGCAGCAGAGCGGCCCUCAUCAGUCUCUUCCGUCCACUCAGAGGGAGACUACCACCAGCAGCCCCCAGCCUGGUCCUGGGAGGACCGGCCCUCGUCCACAGGCUCCAUGCAAUUCCCCUAUAACCCCUUGACCAUGCGCAUGCUGAGCAGCACCCCCCCCACCUCCAUACAGGCCCAGCAGCCCCCACCUGGAGGCCCUCUGGGGCCCCAGCAGCAACAGCGUGUAUGGGAGCGAGAGCCCCUACUGUCGGAGCAGUAUGAGACCCUGUCAGACAGUGACGACUGAUCCCUGCCACAAGAAUCCUACCUGCCCCCCAUCCCACCCCAGAGGAAGGGCAGGCCUCUCAGUACAGGCCUGCAUGCCCCCCCCCCCCACACAAAAAAAAAACUAUCCUCACUCACUGGUGCUGAUCGAGUGUGGGGAGAACAGGGGGGUGUGGCGGUAUCCCUUUUGGUUCAAGUGCGCUCUCUAGCUGCCAGCAGGAAGAAAGACAGCGAGUGACUUCUGACAGGCUGGAAUCUUCAGGAUGGACUGACUGACUCCCUUUACGUCCAGAAGCUUUGAUAGACACAGCCUGCCAGGAUGGAGAACGCCUGAGUGGAAGAUAUGAUGAAAGAUGAAGAACUUGUAUGUAAAAAGAUGAAAAAAACCAACACUUUUUUUGUGGUUGAUUUCUGUAAAGAAAUGCUUUUGUCUUUAAGAAAAAUCAUUGUAUGUAAAUAGAGUAACCUUUUGCAGUGGGUUUUUUUCUGAACUUUUAGUGAUGCUUUUAAAUGGAUCCACUUUGUUUUUGAAUGAAUGGGGGGGGGGGGUUAAUCUUGAAUAUCAGUCGGUCUCUCCCUGUCCAUCUCUUACCCCCCACCUAUCUAGCACCACAGUGAAGCUGAGAGACAGAACCUGUGGGUUGUACUUGAUAAUGAGGGGAGAACUGUAGAAGAAGCCCUGACCACCAAGCACCACCAAAGCCUGUUGUGGACAUAAGUGAAUGAAACAAACACAUGUUAACAUUUCAAUUGCGGCUUUGUAAUUUGAUGCCUGUCUUUGCAACACUGUGGAGAAAGAUGAUGCAUGGAUGUAACAAUAUUCCCCCUGAUCUAGAACUUAAAGAAAGCUUUUGUCAGUCAGUCACCACACCCUUGAGACAAAACUCAUGUAUUUGGUACAAGUUGAGAACACUGGUGUAGGCGCAAGCAGAAAGGUGAAAGAAGACUAAUUAAUAAGCUUGAUGUUGUCCCAAGUUGUUUCUUCUCCUCAUGACUACUUCUGGGCCCCCAUGUUGAUCUGAACUCUGUCAUUGAGCCAAUAGUUUUUGGAUUAAGCUGACCACCACUACGGUGGGUGUAUUGUAUGGCACACAGUCCGACCCGUAGCUAUCCCUCUAGGGUUUCCAACAAGUGCAGAAUGUUCUACUUACAGUACUCUGCAACCCAUGUAUCCUUAGUCCUUUUUGUCAAGGUAACUAAAGUACAUCGGGAACCUUUUCUAGAGGUUUGCCCAUGCCUUGUGGCUGGAGAAAAAUAAGGCAGCUUUAAACACAUUUUCUCAGAGAUAUAAGUUGGUGUUUUUUAAUGUUUUUGUUUUGUAUCCUUAGUCCUUUUUUUUUGUAUACUGUCCAGACAGAAAACCGAUGUGUGAUUUGUCUUAUGUUUUAGACAAAAAAAGACAACUAACCAAACAUAAAUGGUCUGCACCAUUGUUGCACUUUUUGCUUUGUAACCUUUGACAACAAAAGCAUACUUUCUACCUGUUGUAUAACUUAUUCACGCUCAUGCAGAGGAUUGUACUGAGAUAUGCUUUGACUUUGCCCAUCACUCAUGGAAACCUGGAUGUUUAUGACCGAGUUCCUGUCUUCUCUUGUAGCUGGUACAUGGUUUUGUAGUGUGACAUGCAUUGCAGUUUUACUUUUGUUUGGGGUACAGUCAAGAUGUUAAGGAAGAGUUGCUUUUUUGCUGUCAUGGUGACUAUUCAAAUCCAUGGCCUCUUAAUCUAUUCUCAAUAUUCUAGAUUAAUAUCAGCCGUUUUUUUGUCAACAGACAUGUAGCUUCUUUAAAUUUUGAAUUUUGACAAGGUCAACAUUGAUAUUGACAGUAAUGUUCCAUUUUGGUUCUCUCAGCUUUUGCUGAACUAAACUAAUUUAUUUUCCCCCCAAAAUAUUUUGAUUUGUUUUAAGUCCUAGAGCUCAGAUUUUUGCUAUCAUUUUCAACAUCAGUUAUUCAACAUCCUAUUUUUGAUGGGAUGUCAAGUGUUUACAACGGAAAUGACAAAAAGUUUACAAAACUUGAAUCUUAAAGAAAAUCGAAAUGAAGACAGAAAAUAAUUAGUGCAUCUUUUCAGCUCAAUGGUUGAGUCCAAAAUGGCAACCUAUUCCCUAUAUAGUGUACUACUUUUUUGGGUGAUAUCCAAUCUGGAUGCAAUUUUUGGGGGGGCUGUUUAAAAUUUGAGACUUAAACCCAUGUAUCCCAUGAUGUUGAAAUGCAAUGUUUGUAUCGCACAAUGUCUCUUAAUAGUCUAUUACAAGAGUUCAGACCAAUCAAUAAAGUGGAUCAGUUCUCCACCUCAAACGUU